AAACAAGUUGAUGGUACAGGGAUUUCAACAGUCUCGAUUGAAGUCAGCAUUUCGCAAAUUCUAUGGUCGUUAUAACGAUCUAGUUCGUCAAUACAACCUCGCAUUGGGUCAAAUGUUGUCUGACGUGUUUCAUACCGAUUGUUAAGCCGUUCUUGGCACACUGAUUUUGACUGCGGAUAACUCCGUUUACCUGAUCAGGAUAUGGGGCUCACUGCGGGUGUGAUCGGUCAACAGGGGAUGCUUACUCCUCCUAGGUACGUGAUCCCCCCUCUGGUGUGUCCAGGGGUCCGUGUUUGCCCAAUUAUCUAUUUUGUAUUGCUUGUAGGAGUUAUGAGAUUGAUCACUGUUCGUUAUCUUCACCUUUUAUUUAGUAACAGCGACGUUACUUCACAAGCAGCGGAACGUUAAAAUUAAACAAAUCUAGACGUCAUUACAUACUGACUGUUCAAACGUAUUGUUCAUUGUGACGUCAUAGUAAAGCAAAACAAAUUUCAACGUCAUAAGACACUGAACAUUAAAACAUAGUGUUUACAGUGAUGUCAUUAUAAAGUAAUGUGUGAAAACGUUUUCAUUUACAAAUAUGAUAACGUUAAGCUGAAUUAUUGAGUAAAGGUGACUCCACCGGAAUUCGUUGGGUCGUCCGGAAACGUUUAUUUAGUUAAUAGUGAUUACAUCCGGUUUGAACAUUAAGACAUUUUUUCUCGUGCACCGAGGACAGACUCGGGGAGUGAUUUUCCCAACACAGCGUCUGGGAUGCUUUCCAUCGAUCUUGCGGUGUAAAGGGACAGCGAUGUAUGUUCAUUCUAUUUAUUUUUAUGCUAUUUGAAUUAUAUAUUUUCUAAAGUAAAUGUGAAAUUCUGAAUUUAUUAAGUCAACUAUUCUGAUAUACGUGUGAGCAGAAUUUGUUUAUAUGUAUUUCAGUUUGUUACCGUAAUUACUGCUACAUGAAUAAAGAGGUAAAACUGCUGGGCGUUUUUUAUUGACAAAACAGAGAGCUGUGGCAGAACAGUAACAAAAUCGUGAGUAUUCUACCUCAACCACCCAUCGAGGAUCGACAACGGACCUAUCCUGGGGAUAAGACGUUCUUCCGCGGAUGUCGGAUACCUGUGAAGAUGGGCUUCCCACCUAAUCCUCUCCUUACCUGUACCAUCACCUUGUAUUCCGUGAUACUUCCUGUGUUCCUUGGACAGUGACAUGUUUGUUUAUAUAUGGUAUGUGCAAAUCUACCGUGAGCUAGUUGUGACAUAUUGCUGACAUCGGUGAUUAAAUAUGGCAACUGGAGGAAAACCGGCGGAUUUCAACGCUGAGGAAAGUGAGAAUGUACACAAACAGACAGAGGAAUCUGAGGAUAAACGUCGACUGAAGACCAUGACAGAAAAAGGCUUGAUUCAAUUUUCUACCUUUUUGAAAAAUUAUAAAUCUCAGGAAGAAAAUGCUUGGAUAAAGAUUGAAGAAAUCAUAGCUGACAUAGAUGAAAUUAUUACACAAAAUAACUAUAAAGAAUUGUGUAAGAUAAAAGCAGAGCUUCGACAUCUUAAGCUUACUUAUUGUGAUUGUGCAAAUGACUUCCUCUCAUUUCUCAAAAGAACAAAUACAGCAGAGAGUAACGAAGAAUACUCGAUCCAAGAACCAAGGUACCGUAAAAGAGAAGACAUCAUAGAUCAACUGAUGAACCGCAUUGAGGACGCUCUACUGGAUGCAGCAGACACUAUUUCACGUGCAAGUGGUUCCAAUAGACCUCGAUCCAGAAGCUCUCUCAGCGAUGCAUCUAAGUCUCAACGAAUUCAACUAAAACAGAAAGCUGAAACAGAAAAAACUAAACUAGCAUUCAUCAGAAAACAAGUCAACCUUCAAACCGAAAAAUCUAAAAUCGAAGGACAAAUCCAAAUCCUUGAACAGACACAGUCGGCCGCCAUUGCAGAUGCAGAAGCUAGAGUAUUUGAGGAAGCUGAGAGUGAAAACAAUAGUGUCCGAAAUUCUUUCUUGGAUGAGUUACCUAGUGACCGACAUAAGCGUGUCGCGGAUUAUGUGGACAGUGUUUCUCAAGACCGUGGAUUAAGUUUAGACACUCAUGUGAAUCCUAGAAUUGCGCAAACUAUUCCUAAAGACUACUACUACAAUGAUGUUUCUUCAGUUCCUCAUAGAAAUGAACAUUUCAGAAGUGAACUACAGCCACAAGAGAACUCUAUGGAAUCAGUGUCAAGAUUCCUACUCAGGAAAGAAGUUUUAUUAUCCAGAUUUAAAACAUUUAAUGAUGAGGCAGAAGCUUACAAUGAAUGGAAACUAAACUUUACAUCUAUUGUGAGUGACUUACAAAUUUCUGCAUUCGAGGAGCUACAACUACUUGUAAGAUGGCUGGGACCAGAAUCCUCCAGACAUGCAGCAGAUAUUCAACAAGCCAACACGGAGAAUCCUUAUGAAGGAGUGCCUCAAAUAUGGACCAGAUUAGACGAGCGAUACGGAGCAAUGGAACUCAUUGAUAACUCGCUAAAAUUGAAGAUAGCUGCUUUUCCAUCACUUUCUGUGAAAGAUCCCAAAGAACUUUAUAGACUAUCGGACCUCUUGACUCAAGUUGACGGUGUGAAAAAGAAUCCUAGAUACUCAGCAGCCUUAUCUUACUAUGAUACCUCUCUCGGAAUAGUACCAAUCGUAAACAAACUACCCUAUCAGUGGAGAGAGAAAUGGAUAAACAAAGCUUCAGAAUACAAGAAUCGGUAUAAUGUUCCUUACCCACCAUUCACUUUCUUUGUGAAAUUCAUGCAAGACUUAUGUCGUGUGAGAAACGAUCCUGGAUUUCAGUUUAGUGAACCAAUGAAGAAGGAGAUUAAACCGAAACCUUCAAGUCAAGUUCGUUCAAGAAAAACUGAAAUCAAACCUAGCAAAUUAACAGGACAAAAGAAAGUAUGUUUUCUGGAACACAGAGAUGAAUCAAAUCACACUAUCAAAGACUGUCGUAAAUUCCGUGCACUUCCUAUCAACAAUAGAAAAAAGCUCCUCAAAGAAAUCGGAAUAUGUUUCAGAUGUUGUGACUCUAAGGACCACUUAGCAAGAGACUGUACUGUGACUUUGAAGUGUGACUCGUGUCAGAGUGAUAGUCAUUGUGGGGCAUUACACGUGAAUAAUUCCCAAGGCGGGGAGGAUAAGGAGAAUUCAUACAGUAUUGAAAGUACAAGAUCUAAGGAGUACUAUUCAUCAGGAUCUCUCACAACUAGAUGCACUCAAGUCUGUUCAGUGCCAUUCAAUGGAAAACCCUGUGCGAAAAUCAUUCUGGUGGAUGUUUUUCCAUUUGGACGUGAGGAUCUCAAGAAAAGAACAUAUGUGAUUCUUGAUGAUCAGAGCAGUAGAACUAUUGCAAGGUCAUCCUUUUUCGACAAGUUUGGAAUUCAGGGAAAAGACAUUUCCUAUAUCUUGUCAUCAUGCAAUGGAUCAAGCAUGGUCUCCGGGAGACAAGCCAUCUACUUCAUAGUAUCAUCAGUUAAUGGUGAUGAGCAGAUACACUUACCGUCCAUUAUAGAGUGUGAUGGUAUCCCAAUCUCCUAUGAGGAUAUCCCAACUGCAGCUGUAGUGAAAUCAUACAAACACGUGUCAAACUUGGAAUCUGAAAUCCCACCAAUAGAUAGCAACGCUGAAGUUCUUCUGAUUGGACGGGAUGUUCCUUAUGCUCAUCAUGUACUGGAACAAAGGAUUGAUAAACCAAACUUACCAUUUGCGCAAAAACUUCCCUUGGGCUGGGUCGUGAUAGGGGUUUGUUGUUUAGGCAAAGUACAUAGACCUCAACAAGUGAUAGUGAACAAGACUCGGAUCUUACUCUCCGGACGAGGAACUCACUUCAUACCAUGUUCAUCUCAUUUGAACAUUUCUACACCUCAAAAACUUUCUGAUUCUCACCUGUCAUGUGAAACUGGAAUACAAUUUUCUCCGAUCUUUGAACGAACUAAAGAUGACGACAUUCAGGGAUUGUCCAUCGAAGACCGAGAAUUUUUAGAAAUUAUGGAGAAAAUGUGUCACAAGGACAGCACUGGACAUUGGUCAGCUCCACUCCCACUGAAGUCAAAUAGAACUAAGCUUCCCAACAACAGAGCACAAGUACUAAAGAGAACCUUUUCACUGCUUGCGUCGUUUAAAAGUGAUCCUGUGAAGAAGGAUUUGGCCAUAAAAUUUAUGGAAAACCUGUUUAAUCAUGGAUUUGCUGAGGAAGCCCCCGAAGUUCCAGAGGGAGAAGAGUGUUGGUACCUUCCUAUCUUUCCGGUAUUCAAUCCAAAGAAACCAAACAAAAUAUGUAUGGUUUUCGACUCAUCCAUUACUUACCAAGGACAAUCACUGAAUUCCUCAUUACUUCAGGGACCUGAUCUUACCAACAAUCUACUAGGUGUCCUUUUACGUUUCCGCAAGGAACGCGUAGCAAUCACAGGGGAUAUAGAACAGAUGUUCCAUAUGUUUCGCUUAGACGAAGAACAUCGAAACUUUGUCCGCUUUAUUUGGUUUGGAAAUAACGACCCAACAAAGCCUCUAAGAAACUACAGAAUGUGUGUGCACCUAUUUGGAAAUUCCCCUUCACCAUCAGUCGCAACAUAUUGUCUUCAUAGAUGUGUAGAAGAACCAUGUGACAGGAUCAUGGGCGCCAAGAGACUUGUAUCAUCAGUACUAAACUCUUGUAUUACCUGUAGAAAACUACACCGGAAGCCGGAAAUACAAAAAAUGGGAAACUUACCCGAUUUUCGAUGUAAACCAUCGCCACCUUUCACCUACGUAGGAGUUGAUACAUUUGGACCCUGGGAAGUAUCAGCUAGGAAAACAAGAGGAGGAGUAGCAAAUUCCAAGAGAUGAGCAAUCUUAUUUACUUGUUUGGCUAGUAGAGCAGUGCAUAUAGAACUGGUGGACGAGAUGACUUCUAGUGCCUUCAUUUUUUAGCGAUUCGUGGCAAGGUUACCGAAUUUCAUUCAGACCGAGGAACUCACUUUGUGGGGAGUACAGAUGCACUUAACAUCAAUGCUAUCAACGUAGAAUCUCAACCAGUAAGGAAAUUCAUGGUGGAAAAUGGAUCUACUUGGAUAUUUAACCCACCUUACGCAUCUCAUAUGGGAGGGAUAUGGGAGAGAAUCAUUGGAACAGCUCGCAGAAUUCUUAAUGCCAUCAUCAUGGAGUCUAAGAAGCCUCUUACACAUGAUGUUCUCAACACUUUUAUGUAUGAGACAUGUGCUAUUAUCAACAGUCGUCCAUUGGCUAAUGUAUCCAUUGAUCCAACAUAACCUUCAGUUCUAUCUCCUUCAGUGCUACUUACACAAAAGACAGAAGUCGAUUAUGGACCCUUUGAAGCAGUUGAUCUAAAAGACAUGUAUAGAACAUCAUGGACACACACUCAAGUCCUUGCCAACCAGUUUUGGAAACGAUGGCAACAGGAAUACUUGUUCAGUCUGCAAUCAAGGCGAAAGUGGACUAUUUCAAAGGAAGACAUCAAGGUCAACGACGUAGUGCUAAUGAAGGAUACUAACACUGUCAGAUACGAAUGGCCGAUGGCAAUUGUUCUUCGAACCUUCCCCAGCACCGAUGGACAUAUACGUAAAGUAGAACUCCGACUUGUUAGGAACGGUAACUGUGUUACGUGUGUUAGACCCAUUACAGAGGUUGUUCACCUGUUUACACCUUCAUCAUAGUGACAUCAUAAGAUGUCAGGCGGGGAGUGUGACGCCACCGGAAUUCGUUGGGUCGUCCGGAAACGUUUAUUUAGUUAAUAGUGAUUACAUCCGGUUUGAACAUUAAGACAUUUUUUCUCGUGCACCGAGGACAGACUCGGGGAGUGAUUUUCCCAACACAGCGUCUGGGACGCUUUCCAUCGAUCUUGCGGUGUAAAGGGGCAGCGAUUUUGUUACCGUAAUUACUGCUACAUGAAUAAAGAGGUAAAACUGCUGGGCGUUUUUUACGGACAAAACAGAGAGCUGUGGCAGAACAAGAACCUCUGCAUCAAGCCAACUCACCAUGGUUAUCACCUUUGUGUGUAUUGGUAUGUUUUUGACCUUUAUGAUGAUAUGCUGUGUAUGCAUAUGGAAACAGGAUAAAGGUUUAUGCAAAGAAACAUCGAGUACUACAGGCCAUUUGGUGGACAAUUUCUUUCCUUGAGAAGACGUAAUUUAAUUUCUGGAAUCAUGAUUAAUGAUAAGCAGUAGCAGUGAGGCUGUUUCGUAAGGGGAUGGUUUCCCCUCACUCGUCGGGAGAAAAAUGACAUCUAACGAAAAACAUCCGCAUGGCUGAGAAUAUGUUACACAGAAACAUACUGGAUAGUUGCUAAGCAUGAUUACACACAGGAUUUAGUAAAUAGAAAUUUAUGGGAAUGACGCUAUUAUGCGAUGAUGGAUGCUGCUCGAACUAUUUUAAAGACAAAGUGACUGGAAUUUGUAAACCUUGCUGUACUGGAUAGCAUGGCAAAAACUGUUCACAAAAGAGUAAAUACCCUUUAUAUGGUGCAAACUGUAAAAGCCUAUGUGAUUGCGGAAAAGACAUGUGCAACUUUCCAAAAGGUUUUUUGGGUAAUGUAUCAGUCUACUAUGGUGCAAUAGGCUGUAGGGUGCAUUGCAACUUGAUUGAUUGAUUGUGUAUUAUCAUUAUAGAAAACAUGACAGAAUCAAUCAUCUCUGGAACAGGAACUAAAUCCCUCGAUGUUACAAAGGAAGCUCACAUUGUGACGGGAAAUUGAUUUGAAACUAUUCUGGAGAAUCCAAUUAUAUAUGUAGUCAGGUCAGAUCUGGAUCUGCUACUGGAAAUAUGUAACCCAGUGCUAACUGACUCAGGAUCGGGUUGUCGGGGACUAAACCAACACCCCCACCAGUCCCCUCUGGGUCCUCGUAUGGAGGGUGGCUAGUCACCCAGACAGAAAUAAAAACUAAAUAUGUGAAACGACGAUCUUCUAACAACCCCCGUUGUCUUGCAGUUACCUACAUACAUAUAGUUAGGCUUCAGGAAUAAACCACGAGGGAAAAUGUACAACGCAUGGACCUCGCUGUCACCAAUACCAGCUGCCACUGGAUUUGUACACAGAGUUGUAACGGAUCAUCCUCAACACCAUCUUUCAGCAAAAAUGGCAGUCUGAAGACAACCUGCAUGCAUCCUCGGUUUAAACACUGGCAUCUCAUUGCUUAUUUCUAGUGCGCCAACGAGGCAUCAAAAAUGUUCUACACCCCAGAGUGACGCCCAGCGCAGAAUGCCAUACCGACCAUCGCCUAGUGAGCUGUAAACUUAGGUUGCAUUUCGAACCCAAACCAAGGAAGGAAGACUCCCAAGAAAACAUUCAAACUCAGCAAACUCCAGGCAGCCUACUGACCAAACUUGAACAUGAUAGCUGCUCUGAUGAUCACUCUCCUGAAACACUCCAGGAUAAACCCAAAACUGCUAUCCUGCAAACAUCCAAAGAAGUUCUGGGGUAUACCUCGAAGAAGAACAGAGACUGGUUCAACAGGAACAAUCAUGAUAUUCUAGCAAAGAAAAGAUCAGCUUACCAAGCUCACUUGGCUCAAUUGUCUUGCCCUGUGAAAAAAGUUUUAUAACAAUCUCCAGCAAAAACUUUGAGACAUCCAGAACAAAUGAUGGACCAACCUCGCGGAAAGAACACAACAAAGCGCAGACACUGGCGACUGCAAAGGCCCUGAAGGCAGUGUACGGUCCUACACAUCACAUCCAGAGUCUCUUGUGCAAUCCUGAUGGUUAGGCUCUCAUCACAGACAAAUCAUGUCUUGUGCCGUUGGUCGAAGUACUUCCAGGCCCUCUUCAGUGCUGACAGAGUUCUUCAGGACUCAGCAAUUCUACACAUCCCUAAGCUACCAGUCAAAGUAGCACCGGAUGAACCACCCUCUAUGAAAAAUUGCAGUAAAGUCAUACAGCAGUUAAAUAGUUGUAAGGCAUCAGGAGUUGAUGGAAUUCCAGCUGAGAUCUGGAAAGGCGGAGGCUCAGUAUUACACAACACAUUCCUCGAACUCCUUGUCUGUUAUUGGGAGAAGAGCACACUUCCAAGAGACCUCUGUGACGCAAUACCGUAACCUUGUACAAAAA